AUGGACGAUCACAUUCUGAUCUCCGACGGGGAAGAUCAGACUACUCCACUCCCAUCACUCUCGAAACGGGCUCGAAAGGAACCCAUCUCUGCGAUACUGAUAUCCGAUUCCGAUCCGACGCCGCAGAAGCAACCGCCGGAAUCUUCGUCCACUCCUUUGUUCGUCCCUGAUACACCUUUUCCCGAUGAUUUCUCUGUCGUCAAGUGUCGUCAAGCCGUAAUUUCAAACCGCGAUGACAAAUUCUCCGGCAAACGAGUCAUAUCUCUGGAUUCUGAGUUCGAAGAUAGUCCACAACCCGAAACUUCGAAGAAAUAUGGACCUGUGCUUGCUGAUUUUAGGGAGCAAUGUCGUGGAUUAGAAUCUGGAUUCAGUGAUGCUGAUUGUAGUGAGGCCAACUAUGAGAAUGCUAGAAUACCUGAGAGAAGCUCAGGCAAACGGGUCAUAUCUCUGGAUUCGGUGUUUAAAGAUAGUUCUCGACCUGAAACUUCGAGAAAGUAUGAACCUUUUAGGGAACCGCAUCAUAGAUUGGAUUCUAGAUUCAGUGAUGCAGAUUCUAUUGAGGCGAGUACUAAAAUAAUUGAGUCAAACAUUGAUGAUAACACUAAUUGGAUGCAUGAAGUCAGUUUUCCCCCGUCGUUGACCAGUGAUACUAUCGAGGUAGAUUCUGACCAAGAAAAAGAAAAUAUAAGCAUCGAGAAAAUGGCUCGGAAAAAGCAGAUCAGAAGCCACAAAAGUACUGCUCUUCCGGGUGAAGCAUUGCCAAAAAAGCAGCUGUCAAAGGAAGAAAAGAUUCAUGCAAUGGAGGAAAAGAAGUUAAGGAAAGAGCAAGAGAAAUUACAGAAAGCAGCCUUGAAAGCAGAAGAAGCUCAGCGUAAAAAGCUAGAGAAGGAAAUGCAGAAAUGGGAAAAGGGAAAGUUAGCCCUUAAAUCUAUUGUUGCUGAGAUUGAUACUAAAUUGGUGGAAGGAUCCAUUGGAGGACUUCUGCUUUCAAGGUUCUCUGAGAAAGGCAUUACAUUCCGCGUAGCACCUAAUCCAAUAGAGAGAUCCAUUGUGUGGACAAUGACAAUUCCAGAGGAUAUUGCUCCGGUUUUUCCCCAAGGGCCUAAGAUUCCUUAUGUCUUACUAGUGUAUGAGGCUGAAGAGUUUUGUAAUCUUGUUGCUAAUGAAAGACUUCUAGAAAACAUCUCAAGAGCUCAGGACUUCUACCCAUUUUAUACUGUAUGCUGCCUCACCAAUAAGUUAAUGUCCUAUGUAAAGAAAAGGGAGAAGGAAGAGUACAAGAACCCGGGAAAUUGGAUAAGCCCUCCUAUUGAUGAGGUACUUGCAAAAUUAACUACUCACUAUGUUAAAGUACAUUCAAGACAUUGUGUAGACGAGGCUGAGGUCGCUGAACAUGUUGUUGGUUUAACAAGCAGUCUAGCCUCUUGCCUGUUCAGGAAGAAAUUAACAAUGUUAUCAGUGAACGCUAAUGGUGCAUUAGUCUCCAAGGAUUCACUUGAUAAACAGUUGAUUAAAAAGAGUCCAUGGUUAAAAGCGUUAGUAGCAAUACCAAAGGUACAACCAAGAUAUGCUGUAACAGUGUGGAAGAAAUAUCCAUCAAUGAAGUCUCUUCUUAAAGUUUAUAUGGAUCCGAACAAAUCGAUUCAUGAGAAGGAGUUUCUACUGAAAGAUUUGAAAGUGGAAGGUUUAGUAGGAGGAGACAAAAGGUUAGGGGAGAUGUGUUCAAAGCGAAUAUACAGAGUUGUCAUGUCUAACAAUGGAGCCAUUAAGCCUGAUGACGUCGAAAACGGUGCUGCUUUUUUCACGCUCUCUCCACAUUUUUGUGCCAAUUAA